AUUUCACAGGAUUAGUUGCUCAAACAUUUGAGCUCCUUAAAAGCUUCGAAAGCAUGUGGUCCUGAUGACUGUCGCCCUUUAUUCUUGAAGAAAUGUGUUGAGGGACUUAAGGCGAUAUAUGAUUUUGUAUUUUACAAUACGACAGAAAAGCACCCAAUCCAUUCACACUCUUAAGGUCAGAAUGGGAGGAGUCCAGGCUAAAUUACGAAUUUAUUUUAGUGAUAUGUCUUCAGACCAUGUUGAUGGUGCAAAUUCUGCAUUUGACGAAAUUCCAGAUGACAUUAUACUCGAAGUUUUUCGUCGACUGCCUCUCAAUGACUUGAAAUCAUGUUUCAAGGUCUGUAAGAGAUUUGCAGCACUUCUUGACAUGAGGGGUUUUUGGCUGCAGAAAUGUGUACGUGACUUCAAGUUUUCAAAGAAUUUAUUACAUUCAUUGGGUGAAGAGGAAGAUUUCCGAAGGCUGUAUAUAAAGAGACCGUACGAGAGGAACUUGAUGAAGAAUUGUGAUGCAUCACAAGAUAUGAAGCACUGGAAGGUGACAAAGUCAGGGGGAGAUGGUUGGCAGGUAGAAAAAUCCCCUAUAGGCCUUCAUCCACUGUCCCAAUUAACUCACACAGAUGGUCCAGUUGGAUGCUGGGCUACCUCAUAUGGGUCCUGUCAUAAGUACCAGAUUAUAGAUUUACUUGAAGUAGGCUGCAGUGAACAUGUUCUUGACGUUGUGAGGCCCAGCAUUCGAGUAUCGGAGUGGUAUGCAGCAAGGGUUGACUGCGCAGCCAAAUAUGUCCUGAAAGUAGCCUUGCUUAAAAACAAUAAGAAGGAGUUGUUUUGGAAGAAGACAAUAACAGAAAACUGCUUAUAUGUUGCCAAAGAAAUUCUUUCAGCAGGUGGAGACUGGUUCAAAGCUGAGCACGUGUUUAAAGAUUACCCAGCAGGUGUGCGAUACAUUGGCUUCUUUCACAAGGGGAAGGACAGGCAGUUCUGGGCAGGCCACUUUGGGGCCAAGUUCACCUUUGGUUCAGUUGUCAUUGACUUCAGUCAUACAGCAUUGACAGAAUGACAGAGCACGAUACUUAGUCCAACACUCUCAUGGCUUCAUAAAUGUAUAUACACAUAUUAAUUCUAGCUUUAACCACAUGCCUGAUCUCAGCAGUGCAAUACAAGGGGGGUAGUUAAAACGUGUGGUUAAGCGUUUUUUUCAGUCGUGCCUUUGGCCCCUUUGUUUUUGAUAUGUUACUCUUUAAAAAGGUUUUCUUCUAAGAUUCUUUUAUGAUGCCUCUCUUUUACAAAAAUAUGUGGUAAAUGUUGUUUUGUCAUACUUUAAGGCUCAUAAGUCAUUGAUGUCUUACUUUUUUAUAUUAUACAAUUGCGUAAAAACUGGUCACAACAUGUACGUAGUCGUUUAAUACAAACUUAGCUAGCAAAGUGACUUUGAGGUGAGCGAUAUUAUAUUUUAAAGUGCUAUUUACAAUCUAAUAACUGAUACAGAGGUGCUUAAAUGUGAUAUGGUUAUAUAUAACAUGAUAGUAUAAAAUAUAGUGCUGUGUGGAUUAUACAUAUUUACAAUCUUGUAACUGAUACAGAUGUACUGUAAUGUGAUAUGGUUAUUUAUCACAUGCUAUACCCUGUUUCCCAUGUAAUAUAACCAUUUCGAAUAUUUCUAUCUUACACAUGUGUAUUAUACUUUUUAAGCGUUUUCAUUGGCUUAGUUUUUGUUCGAUUGACCAAUCGCAUUUUGUUAUUUUGCUGAAAUGACGUUGCAACGUCAAAUGACAUCACAAAAUGUAAACAACAUUUGGUAUUUAUCAUUAUGUUUGCGUAAAUAUUUAUUUAAUUUGCUCAUUUAAAUGCAGGUGAUAAAAAAGAUCUGACACUCGUUUUCAUGUACCAUAUUUUAUUAAACUCAUCCAGGAAAUUCGUUAGUAAGCUCGCCAAAGGCUCGUUUACUAACACAAUUCCUGAACUCGUUUAAUAAAAUAUGGUAUGAUAUGAUAACUCGUGCCAGAUCCUACAUAUAUUGCCUGAUAGUAUAAAAUAUAACGCAGUGAAAAUAUUUGAUGUAUAAGACCCUGAAGUUAUACAUUUGGUAUCUAAUUUUUGUUUAUAUCAUCCCAUAACAGUUAUAACUGGCUGAAAGCUAGGCAGAUUUAUAAAAAAAGAAGCUAUCUAAAAAAAAUAAUAAAGCGCAAUAUGUAAUUUAUAAUAAUCAUUUGUUAAGUAGCAAAUUAGAGUGUUGCUUGAAUGUGAUAAUGUUAUUAUUUUUCUCGUAGUAUAAAAAAGAGAGCAUGUUUGAUGUAAACUUUUCCAUUUUUAGCACAAAGGGAUGUCUUUUCGGAUGGCCUCUCUUUCUUGCAAACUUGUCUUCAUCGGAUACAACUUUGAAAUAUAUUGAUGGUGAACACUUUGAAGCAUGUCAUGAUUAAUUCAGUCAUUACUCACACAUAUUUUAUUGAACGCCUGGUCUAGAGACCCUUUUUUCAUGAAAUAGUAUUCAUUGUUGUUGGCAUAUGGUACUUUAUUUUAGAUGCAUCCUCUAUAUAUUACAAUUUUUAAAAAGUACAAUCAAAUUAACACAGUACAAAAAUGCUAAAAUAUUAGCGAUUGUUAUGCUUCCAGUAGGGUGGCAUAUAGCAGUUAAACUGUCAGUCCGUCUGUCUGUCUGUGUGUCCGUUCUAAAACUUUAUCAUUGGCCAUAACUUUUGCAAUAUUGAAGAUAGCAACUUGAUAUUUGGCAUGCAUGUGUAUCUCAUGAAGCUGCACAUUUUAAGGGGUGAAAGGUCACGGUCAAGGCCAUCCUUCAAGGUAAAAACAAAAUCCAAGGGAAGUAAUAAGCUUUAAGGGAGAUAAUUUCUAUUUUAUAUCAUUUGGCAGGUACAGAUCAAUUUCACAAGGGAAGUAAUUUUUUUUAAAGGAUAUGAUAAAAAAUAAAUUUUGAGGUCAAGGUCAUCCUUCAAGGUCAAAAGUAAAAAAAAAUAAAAUCCAAGGGAAGUUAUAAGCUAUAAAAGGGAGAUAAUUUCUAAACCUGCCAAAUGAUAUAUUGAAAUUUUAUUUCAAAGCGGCGCAAUAGGGGGCAUUGUGUUUCUGACGAACACAUCUCUUGUUUAAAUUAUGUUUCAUUAUUUUUAACAUUUAGCACUAUUUUUUUCAGAAUUAAACACAUAAGCAGUACCAUAUUUUGUUUAAAAUAUUUAAGGUUUACAUUAAUUCCAGCGACAAACAUUAUUGUGUACAGAUUUAUUGAUGAUAUUACAAAAACUUAUAAUAUCUAAGUCGUGUCAUAUUAUAUGUUUUAAUGAAUGGAUAUUUAAGUAAUACUUAUGUUAGAACUCCUAAAACCACAAUAUGUUAAUAUCAACCAAGGCUGCAUAAAUAAGGAAAUCACAAUAUAUAGCAAUGUAUUGGAAGUUGGAAAACAAAUAUUGAUAUUUAUUGAAAUAAAUAAAAUGGCUUAUGUAAUCACUUCAAUUUUGUUAAUGCCAAGAUUAAUAAAUAAAGAUAAUAUGUAAUUGUUUGACAUUAUAUUUAUGUUUCCAAAUAACGCAGUAUUAAUUUUAUAUUUUAAGUUAUAUUAGAUCAUUUUUUGGCAACAAUUAUAUGUAAAACUGUGUUAUCUUUGGGAGUAAUAAUGAAAUCCUGCAGUAUGAAAUACGUAACGAUAUAUUUCCGUACCUGAAAAGCAUAUUGCAAUACAUAGGAUCUAUAGAAAAUCCAUCGUUCAAUACAAUAAAAUAUUUUUCAGCUAUAGUAUUAACAUGUGCAUACUGAAAUGUUCACAAUUAACGUUAAUCUGAAAUUAAUUGUAUUGGCACAUUUAUUAAGGGAGUUUGGGAUUGAAACUUUGAAUCUUUAUAAUAUGUACCAAACGUAUAAUUUUCUGUAUACGUGUAUACAACUGUCAAUUUAUUGUGUAUUCCUAUGAGAUUUUUCUUUUCAUUGCUACAAUGUUGUUCAUUUUCUAUAAUAUUUAUAUUACAAUUUAUAUUACAAUAAUAGUACAUGUAUAUCGUUCAAUUGAUUACUUAGUGUUACAAGUUGUUCAAUCAUAUUGACAUUUGUUAUUUUGUAUUAAAAAUACCUAUAUCGA